UUUAAUGUAAUCUGUUUAAUUUGAUUUGAUCUACUACAUUAACAUUUCAUUUUAGACCUCGCUGUAACCAGAGAAAUACAGUUUUAAUCAGGGUAUUAUUAUGUGGCACAAUGUUUAGUUUUAAGUUUUGCUUCUCAUUCUUAGGUUUCAUCCAAUCUUAAGUUACACAACGUGUUUUGUAUCCUGUUUCUCUGUUCUUGUCACAUUUGGAUGGGAUUUUUUGUCAGUUUAAUCUUUUAUUUAGGUUAAGCAAUAACUGCAGUAUCCUGUUAACGGCUGAAUACUAAAUGACUUCAUAUUUGCUUUACAGUGCACCAUGUAGGGGCUGAGAUUUUACGUCAAAACCCUGCAUUAAGGGCACUAGAAUAGGAGGUAAGAUCCUAUUUAAAAUGCGCCCGGCACGAGCGGAACUUAUGUGAAGCAGCUGACUGCGAUCAUGUGAGCGCGAGGCACUUAAUGUCAUGUGAUCUACUGGAUCCCCGCUGCGUGAUUUGAUUGGCGCGAUCCGCAGGUCGCUACAUUGAUAAACGAGCUGUUUAUUACGUUUCAUUUUUUUAAUCAACAUUGUGCAGUUGUUUGCGCUGCUUAUUAAACGUUUUAACAACACGUUGCAUCACCAUGUGGACCUUUCUAGCUGUUGCCGUGUUGGUCGGCUGUGCUGAAGCUUCACCUUUUGCAGUGAGGACGGUUCCUGAUUUUGGACAAAUGUACCAUAUAAAAGGUGUGAUCUCAUUGCCCUAUGCUGAAAUCAAGGAACCCUUUGAAGGCUGGUAUGAUCUACAGGGGAAGAGAAGCAGAAUUGACUAUUACCAAGGACAAGUCGCUACUUUUCAGCUCGGAGCAGCAGGGGAUCAAGGUAUCAGCUACAAAAUCACACCGGUGACAACCGAGACUGAAUUUAAUGCCAAGAAAUGCUUCCAAGUCAAUGGCACCAAGGAGGAUCCGGUUCUGCCUCAGCCUGUGCUGCCUGACCUACAGGGCUUUCAGUUUGAACAAAUGGAAUUCUUUGCGGGCCUUUGGUGUGAGGUGUGGAAGAAUGUCACUGUUGUUGGCCACAAAAAGAGCACUUACCGUCUCUGGGUGGCCCAACCAGAGGGUGGGGCAUCAUUGGCCAAACCAUACCAUUAUGAAAUGAUGGGCUACAACACACUUCUGGGUUCCCACUAUGACAAAUACCUCAUUGACUACAGUGACUUCAGCCCUGAAACUGAUCCUAAAGACUUCAAUCUGCCAGCAGGCAUGAGCUGUGGACCUUUUCCUGGUCCAGGAGUGGAGCACAGAAUACUCGCCAAUCCCAUUCAAGACCUGAUUCAUACUUCACCUGUGGGCCAUGUCCAUCGCUUAUUUGGGCACUUUAAGGAAAAAUAUGAGCGUGACUAUGAAGAUGACGUGGAACAUGAAAAGCGAGAACACAACUUUGUACAUAAUGUUCGGUAUAUUCACUCCAUGAACAGAGCAGGGCUGUCCUAUUCCCUCUCAGUGAAUCACCUUGCUGAUCGCACAGAGAAAGAACUGGCAAUGAUGAGAGGUGGGAAAAGGAGAAAGACCCUUAACAAAGCUCAACCUUUCCCAACUGAACUCCGUUCUCUUAAUCUGCCUGAUUCCUUGGACUGGCGGCUGUAUGGUGCUGUGACCCCUGUAAAAGACCAAGCUGUGUGUGGGUCCUGCUGGAGUUUUGCAGCAACCGGGGCACUCGAAGGAGCUUUGUUUCUGAAGACAGGGGAGCGUGUGGUGUUGUCUCAACAGAUGCUAGUGGACUGUACAUGGGGCUUCGGGAACAAUGGCUGUGAUGGAGGAGAGGAGUGGAGAGCAUAUGAAUGGAUCAUGAAACAUGGUGGCAUCUCAACUGCAGAGAGUUAUGGUGGAUACACUGGCAUGAAUGGCCUUUGCCACUAUAAUACUUCCUCUCUAACUGCCCAUGUGAAAAGCUACACCAAUGUCACCAGUGGAGAUUUGGAGGCACUGAAGGUUGCGCUGUACAAAUAUGGUCCUAAUGCAGUCAGCAUCGAUGCUGCUCACCGCUCCUUUAGCUUCUACAGUGAUGGCGUGUAUUAUGAACCAGACUGCAAGAACGGGCCAGAUGACUUGGACCAUGCUGUUCUGGCAGUGGGGUAUGGGGUACUGGGUGGACAGCCUUACUGGUUGGUAAAGAACUCGUGGUCCACUUACUGGGGUAAUGAUGGUUAUGUGCUUAUGUCCAUGAAGGACAACAACUGCGGUGUGGCAACAGGGGCCACAUAUGUUACGCUGUCAUAAUGGACAUUAUCUGAGCGGUUUUCUUUAAUAAUAAUUGGUUACAAACCAGUGUUGACUUUUUGCUGACCAGUCCCCAUUGUGCACUCUGACCACAUGGUGUCACUAAAGCUAAACAUCUUUUUAGAGCACACAGAUGUUUGUUUUUUUUUUUACCUUUUUGAAUUGUAGUGUCUAAACCAGUUGCACUAAAAUUACAAAUGAUUUGUAUGCUUUUCACUUAACAGUUAACAGGUGUACCACUUGUUUUGUUAUGCAUCCAUAUUGCACAUACUCUGAUUGGUGGCAGAAUUGUCCAUGAAUUUUUUUAUUUUUUUUUAAAUAUAUAAAUAAAGUAAUUUUUUAAUCAGUG